GGUUCACUUUGUCACACAAGCCGGAAAAUGCAUAGGUGUAAAAAUGUCCGUUUUACAAUUGUAAUUAAGAAGUUGCGAAGACAGGAAAACGGAAAUGUUUUUCACAGUAUUUGUUAACUUUUUAUUGCUUAGACAAAAUCAGCUCAAAGCUGUAUCGGAAGCUAAAGUAUUAGUUAAUAAUUACGAGUACUGGGGCAUUUAACUCUAACUGAAACGUAUAUAAGAAAUCUGUUUUUUGGAAAUCAGCCAUUCCUUCUUCAACAGUUAAAAACAACAGAUAAUUUUAUUUAUACUCUAUAUUUUACAAUUUCACGUUUUACAGAAACCAAAGAAAAUGGCAUUACGACUUCGUUUGUUUGAGACCGCUGACGAAUCUCCCAUGCAGACAACUUCCGGUGACAUCUGGGAUGAGAUCGAGGCUGUAAUAACGCCCUAUGGAAAGGACAAACAAGAAGCUGAUUCAGAUGCCGAGUUUUCGAUAAAGAUUCCAUCACGUUUCUCCAUAAGACGCCAAGUGUCAGACGCCAGACGAAGCUUGUUUUCUGGAAAACGACUGGCAGACGACAGUCUUGAAGCAGAGUCUCCUGCAACGAAGAAAUCGAAGGACUGUGUUUCGGACUCCAAUAACAUCAUCGAAGCUGUUGAACGUUUAGAAUCACGUGAACUUGUAGCAGACGGAAGUCGUUCUUACACAUUACCAACCAUUCCCGGAAAACAUAGCGACCUUAAGUCAAUCUCAACUGAAACUAUGGCGGACGUUGUGGAGGGGAAAUACAUAGAACAGCUAGGGAACGUUACCAUUGUCGACUGCCGGUAUCCUUACGAAUUUGAGGGAGGUCAUAUCCGCGGAGCUGUAAACCUCUAUACAAAAGACGCUGUCAAUACAUUGCUUCAAGAAACAUCUACAUCAGAAAAACCACGUGUACUCAUCUUUCACUGUGAAUUUUCGUCUGAGAGAGGUCCAAAAAUGUAUCGUUUCUUAAGAAGUCAGGAUCGUGAGAUGAACAAAGACAGUUACCCACAUUUGAACUAUCCCGAGAUUUACUUACUUGACGGGGGAUACAAGGCGUUCUUUUACAAAUUUCCAGAACUAUGUGAUCCAAUCAGCUACAAGCCCAUGUUACACGAGGACCAUGCAGCCGAGUUACGUCAUUUCCGGGUAAAAUCUAAGUCUUGGACGGCUGGAGAGAAACAGAAGACGAGCAGACGAUCUAGAAGCAGACUUGCUUGUUACAACUUAGACUUUUAACUAUUUACUAUGAAAAUGUUUACAUGUAUAAAGUGCUAUUGUUGAAUAUGGUUAUUUAUUUGUUGCUGAUUGUUAAGUACCUAAUAAAAGCUAAUAAAAAUCCACUUUGUGUU